AUGAAAAGAAUUGAUUGCCAGGUAUGUUUCCCCUCUUGCUCUCUGCCUCAACCUCUCUCACACUAUCCCUCUCUAUCUCACUCUAGUUCAACCUCUCUCACUCUCCUUUGCCUCACCUCUGUCUCCCUCCUCUCUUUUGCUCUUGCUCUUAGCCUCCUUUUCACUGUCUUUCUCGCCAUCUCCUGCCCUCUCUCCCUGUCGGUUGCCCUCUGUCUCACUGUUGCCAACCUCUGCAACCAAUCUCCUCACUCCAUCCCCCCUCCCUCCCAGCACACAAAAUAUUUUAUCACACCUACUUUUUUUUUCCCUCCAGGAGAUUCCUUAAAAUAUUUCCUGGAUAAUAUUUCCAGAAUUGGACAGAGAAAUUACAUUCCAGUACGACUUGAUGUGCUGCAUGCCCGGAAGGCUACAAAAGGGAUUGUUGAGCAUCCCAUGAAAAUCAAUGGAGUUCCUUUUUUGUUUGUGGACGUUGGGGGUCAGCGUUCUCAGCGACCAAAAUGGUUCAAGUGUUUUGACGAUGUCACUUCGAUUCUUUUUUUGGCCUCUAGCAGCGAGUUUGACCAGAUAUUGCAGGAAGACCGAAAGACAAACCGAAUCAUAGAGUCGUGUGAUAUAUUCGAAACUAUCGUCAACUAUCCUCUCUUCACAAACAUUGCAUUUAUUCUCUUCCUGAACAAAACGGAUCUCCUUGAGGAGAAAGUCAAACAGGUUAGCAUCAAGGACUAUUUCCCAUCAUUUGACAAAGACCCACACUCGUUGAAACACGUCCAAGAGUUCAUACUGAAUAUGUUUGAUAGUAAACGUCGCAAUCGCAACAGUCUGCUUUAUCAUCACUUUACUACAGCCAUUGACACAGAAAAUAUACGGUUUGUGUUCGAGUCUGUGAAAUCGAAAAUUUUACAGGACAAUCUUCGCUCAUUAAUGCUCCAAUGA